GUCUCAGUUAAUUUUACCAAAUAGAAAUGUCAGAAUUCUAACCUAAUCGGCUUCUGCGAACGUCAGGCAGUGUCAAUUUUUACCGAUGCGUUGUUGUUCGCCAGAUAGCGAAAUCUGUCAGAACAGAUUUUGUCAAGUGCCUACUACAAAAUUUGAAGGCAGAAAGACUGCAGCUUGCAUACAGGAACUGAUGAUAUGUUCGACAUGUUACCAGCGUGUCGACAGAAAUACAACAAAUUCUCACGUAACUGGACCUGUUCGGCUUCAGCCGACAAUCUGUUGACAGCGUGAAUGAAGCAGAGCUUGAGCGCGAAGGAAGAAAUUAACAAAAAUGAGAUUCAGAUUUCUUGGCGAUGGCGACUGUCCAGACUGGUUGCUAGCGGAAAUCAACACGCUUUCGCGAAUGACUUCAAUUAAAAUGAAAAUGCUAGGUCAAGCAGUGGCUAAAUAUUUGACCGAUGGAGAACUUGAUGAGGAAAAAAUAAAGAAGAUUACUCAAGACGCCAAACUUGAUGUAGGCGAUGCGAAAGCAAUAGUAGCUGCUCUCGAAUUGAUAUUCACAUCUUCCGCCCGGUACGGCGUUUCCGCUGCUGACUUAAGCAGCGAACUGCAACAAUUGGGACUUCCCCGAGAACAUAGCACGGCUAUAGCAAGACUGCACACGGAUCACAGUCUCCAGAUCACGGCUGUACUCUCGUCUCAAUCUUUAAGAGUCAGUCGCUUGUCCUCCAUCGAAGUACUGCCUUGCGAUAGCUCGUCGCCUGUUUCCGCUGUGACGUUAAAAUUGAAGAAAAUAGACGGAAAGGAGGAAGACUCCACUAUAAAUAUCUCUAAGGAUGACGCGCAAGUGUUAUUGAAAGAAUUGAAGAAAGCACGGGCGCUAAUGGAAAAUUUGUGAAUAUUAAGUAAGAAUAAUAAUUACAGCAUUUUAUAACACAAUUAUUAUACUUUAUGGGAUUAGAUUAUUUAUCAAUAAACAUGCCAUGUAGAAAACAUAGUUUUAUUCUAAACAACAUGUAGAAGACGGCUAAUGCGUGUCUAAGGCAAGAUAUAGGUAGCCUAUAACACAUUGGAAUUUAUU